AUGGGGUACCUGAACAGGGGGUAUGCUCGGGUUCUAGAUCGGACGGCGUCGGAGAGUGAGGUGGAGUGGGAUUGGUCUGCGGCGGCGGCGGCGGAGGCGGAGGCGGAGGCCGACGCCGGGAGCGGAUACCUUCAGAAGUUUGGGCUUUACGAGACUGUAUCGAAAUUCUAUAUGGUUGGAAGAGACAAGAGUAGAAGGCUAUGGAGAGUGUUAACAAUUGAUAGAUUGGAGCCUUGUGGGUUGAACAUCAGCGAAGACCCCACCGUGUACUCGGAAAUUGAAUGCUAUGACAUGUUGAACCGAAUACAUGAUGGGAACAAGUCGACUGGGGGACUAAAGUUUGUUACCAGAUGCUAUGGUAUUGUUGGGUUUUUCAAGUUCCUAGGGCCUUACUACAUGUUGCUUAUUACAAGAAGAAGGAAAAUUGGCACCAUAUGUGGCCAUGCAGUGUUUGCUGUCGCGAAGAGUGAAACAAUUGCACUUCCACAUUCUACUGUGGGGUCCGAUAUUGCUAAUUCUAAGGAUGAGAACAGAUACAAGGGGCUCCUAUGCAUGGUAGAUCUCACAAAGGACUUCUUCUUCAGCUACUCAUACAAUAUAAUGCAUAGUCUUCAAAAAAAUGCAUGCGAUGGGGAGACAGGACAUGUUCUUUAUGAAACAAUGUUUGUCUGGAAUGAGUUCUUGACACGUGGGAUUCGGAAUCAUCUCAAAAACACUAUAUGGACGGUUGCAUUGGUAUAUGGAUUUUUUAUUCAGACUAAACUCUCGAUCUCUGGGAAGGAUUUCAAAUUGACACUCAUUGCCAGGCGCUCACGCCAUUUUGCUGGAACCAGGUACCUAAAGCGUGGUGUUAAUGAAAAGGGCAGAGUUGCCAAUGAUGUUGAAAUAGAGCAGAUUGUGUUUGAAGAUGUGCCUGAAGAAGUUCCUACACCGAUAACUUCUGUUGUACAACACAGAGGUUCCAUACCCCUUUUUUGGUCCCAGAAAACUUCAGGACUGAAUAUUAGGCCUGAUAUCAUCUUGACGAAGAAGGACCAGAACUAUGAAGCUACACGGCUUCACUUUGACAAUCUUGUAAAGAGAUAUGGGAAUCCAAUAAUUAUUUUGAACUUGAUUAAGGCAUGUGACAAGAAGCCUCGAGAAUCUUUGCUCCGUGCAGAAUUUGCCCAUGCGAUUGAUUAUAUAAAUAAAGAUUUAUCAGAGGAGAACCGCUUGAAAUUCUUACAUUGGGAUCUUAAAAAUUAUUCUCGAAGAAAAGGAACAAAUGUGCUGGCAUUAUUGGACAAAGUGGCAACAAAUGCAUUGGAUCUAACUGGCAUCUUUUAUUGUCAAAUUUAUGACAGUGGAGCAGGUGUUGUUAAUUCAGGAAAUGGAUCCUCAGAAGAUAAGGGGAACUCUAAUAUCUCUGGAAGUGAAUCUUCUGAAGAUAACUCUAAUGGGGAUGGAAGCUCUUUGAGCAAACCACCUACUUUUCAAAAAGGUGUCCUCAGGACAAAUUGUCUAGACUGCUUGGAUCGCACAAAUGUUGCCCAAUAUGCCUAUGGUUUAGCUGCUCUUGGUCACCAGCUUCAUGCCCUGGGCAUUAAAGAUGUCCCUAGAAUUGAUCAAGGUGCCCCUUUGGCUGGCAAUCUAAUGGUUUUCUAUGAGAGGAUGGGGGAUGCUCUUGCUCUACAAUAUGGUGGAUCUACUGCUCACAACAAGAUAUUCUGUGAGAGAAGAGGUCAAUGGAAAGCAGCAACCCAGUCUCAGGAGUUACUCAGGAGUCUUCAACGAUACUACAGCAACAUGUACAUAGAUGCUAAAAAACAGGAUGCUAUAAAUGUGUUCCUGGGGCACUUCCAACCCCAACAAGGUAAACCAGCACUUUGGGAACUGCAUCCAGAUCAGCAUUCCAAUAUUGGUAGGCAUGGUGAUGAAAAUGUUAGGUCACUUAUGAAAAAAUCCCUAUCAGCAUUGCCUCCAAGAAUGCACCAGCAGGCAGACGACAAAGGUCUUUGUGAUUCCACACCACAAAUUUCAAGCGGCAUGUCAUUUUCUAGGUACACAUCAGUAAUGUCUCACAGGCAACUUUUUGCAGAUAGUGAACAUGGGUAUUUUACUGAACAUAGAUUUAAUGAAUCAAAUUGUUCGAACUUUCUGGACCUUGAUUGGUGUUCAUCAUCUGGGAAUUCAUGUGAGGAAGAAACUUCUGAAAGAUCCCCUCUUAUCAACUCACUUGUAGAGACUCUAUCCACUGAAAAUGUCUUCAAUGUUGUGAAGACUGAAACAAGUGAGGAAGGGUCGUGUAGUAAGGGAAAAGAAGGAACAAAUAGAUCGCUGCUCGCUGAUGCCCCUGAAAGCUCCAGGGCUCCUAUUGAAUUUUCUGAAAGCUUCGCACGGUGGGUUGCCAAUGGAGGGACUUUUCGUUAUUGA